AUGAGUAACUUUUUAAUGAUUGGCAAAUCUCCUCCAGGGCUUUCUUCUGACUCUCUUGCCUCAGCGCAUGAUAUUGGUUUAGUCCAAGACCUCCCAGCUACAGUUGCAGCUAUUAAGAAUCCGAGCGCAAAAAUUGUGUAUGACGAGUGCAACCAUGAGCGCUAUCUUCCUGGUGACCCCAGUAAACGUGCAUUUGCUUACUUUGUUUUAACUGGAGGCAGGUUUGUUUAUGCCUCAUUGAUUCGUCUUCUGAUACUUAAGUUUGUUCUGAGCAUGUCUGCCAGUAAGGAUGUUCUUGCACUUGCCUCUCUUGAGGUGGAUCUAUCCAGCAUUGAGCCUGGCACUACAGUCACAGUCAAGUGGCGUGGGAAGCCAGUAUUCAUUAGGCAUCGGACUGAGGAUGACAUCAAACUGGCUAACAGCAUUGAUGUUGGCUCCCUGCGUGAUCCACAAGAGGAUGCUCUUAGGGUGAAGAAACCUGAAUGGCUUGUAGUUAUUGGAGUAUGCACCCAUCUGGGGUGUAUUCCCUUGCCAAAUGCUGGUGAUUUUGGUGGCUGGUUUUGCCCUUGCCAUGGGUCUCACUACGACAUCUCUGGUAGAAUUCGCAAAGGACCUGCACCAUACAAUUUGGAGGUGCCAACAUACACUUUCUUGGAUGAGAAUAAGUUACUUAUUGGUUGAGGGUUUACCAUGAAUUUCUACAGAAAGACAACUGUAACUGGUUCUAAUGUUUUGGCGUGCUCAAGACCAGAUAGAGCAUGAUUUAUUUUUCUCUCACUCCUUAUGGCUUUCUUCUUUUGUUUUUUUUUUUUUUUUUUUUUUUUUACUUGUGCCAUUCUAGUUAUAAUUUACUUGAUAAGGAUUUUGUUUUUGCCAGUCCAGGCAGGGCCUUGCCUUGCCAUCCUGAAUAAUUCAGCUGGCUUCUGUAGGGAAUAUACUCUGUCAAAUAAAUAGAGGUUGAGAUGUAUUACUAUAUUAUGUGUUACUGUGCAUUUUAUCUUAUCAACAGAUCUUCUGAAGGUUGACAGUA